UAGAGGUGGAGUGUGUGUGGUUAUAUAAAGCCGCCCCACUUCCACACACACUGCUACUGCCCCCCCUCCACCACCGACACACACCGACACCCAGCAGCACCAUGGCUCAGCAACCAAUCAGUCUUCCUGCUAAGCUGAUUAACGGUGGGGUGGCCGGGAUGGUGGGGGUGACCUGUGUGUUUCCCAUUGACCUCGCCAAAACACGCCUGCAGAACCAGCGCAGCAAUGAGAGAGUCUACAAGAACAUGAUGGACUGUCUGAUUAAAACUGUCCGCUCUGAGGGAUACUUCGGGAUGUACAGAGGUGCAGCAGUUAACCUGACCCUGGUGACCCCUGAGAAGGCCAUCAAACUAGCUGCUAACGACUUCUUCCGUCAUCAGCUCAGCAGGGGAGAGUCUAAACUGAGUGUGUUUAAAGAGAUGCUGGCGGGCUGUGGAGCCGGAGUGUGUCAGGUGAUCGUCACCACGCCAAUGGAGAUGCUUAAGAUCCAGCUUCAGGAUGCAGGGAGACUAGUGGCCCAGAGGAACCUGGCUGUGGUGCCCUCACCCACAGGCGGUGGCGGCACCAUGCUGAGCUGCUCCUACAUCCGCCCAGUUUCAGCCAUGCAAAUCACCCAGGAGCUGCUGAGGACCCGCGGCAUCCAGGGCCUCUACCAGGGCCUUGGGGCCACACUCAUGAGAGAUAUCCCAUUUUCUGUUGUUUAUUUCCCACUCUUCGCCCACCUGAACCAGCUGGGGAAACCUUCGGAAACCGAGAACGCUCCAUUUUACUGGUCCUUCGCUUCAGGCUGUGCGGCCGGGUGCACGGCAGCCGUGGCGGUCAGCCCCUGUGAUGUGGUGAAGACAAGGCUGCAGUCACUCAAUAAAAGUGCAAAUGAGGAAAUGUACAGCGGAGUGGUGGACUGUGUCAGGAAGAUCAUUCAUAAGGAAGGUCCAUCUGCUCUGAUGAAGGGUGCCGGCUGCCGGGCUCUGGUCAUUGCUCCACUCUUCGGCAUCGCGCAAGUGGUUUACUUCAUCGGUGUUGGAGAAUUUAUCCUGGGCCAAAACCCCUUCAACCUCUACUCAGCCUAAACUCAGUCUCAAACACCGGAACCAUCUGAGCAUUAAAGUGAAAGUUCAGCGAAAAAAAGUGAAAUUAUCUGAUUUUUCGCCAAACUGUUCCUUCAUAGCAGAGUGGCUGAGGCAGCUUCACGGUGACUGUUUGGAGAGUGAUGUUUAUGGUUUGAGAUUUGUUAUGGAAAUGCUAACAUUAGCAUAUACCGCUGGCGUUCUCGUAGCCAAGACAACAUUGCACUUGUCAAUGUCAUUUCUAAUUUUUUAUUUUUUUUUAAAAGUCUCCAGAAACAGCCUUUGGUUUCCCUCAAUGAGGGAAUGAAUGUCACGUCACGUCUCCCACACUCAAAAUAUCACAGCUUUCCUUUCUGUUUGUCCAUUAACUUUGUCCUUUCUCACUCAUAGUGGGCUUUGGGGGCGGGUAAGGGGGGCACUUGUUCUGUUUAGCUCAUAAAAGCGAACUUGUCAUAUUUCAACCCUGUUUAAAGGGUGCUGGGGUGAGUAAUGUUGACGGAUGUGGUCACGAUCCUCUGAAAGGAGGCAUGCACACUUUAGAUUCCAAAAAGCUCUGAAUAUUGGGCGCUGUUUUGGAGAAGUUUAAGCUUGGAGUGUGCGGAAUGCAGAUUUUGGGUUGUGCCAUCCAGUUGGACCAAGUCAAGGCAGAAGUUUAGUAUAUUUUGUAUGUGCAUAACUCAUAUUUCAAAGGCAGACUGACAUGAAAAUAUUUGCUGGCAGAGUAUUCGACACAUUUAUAGUGUACAGCAUACCUCAGAAUUGGACUGUCAAUGUAUAUCUAGCGAUAUAGAUGCCUGCUAAGAUGUUGCACAACUUUUAAGUCACCAGUCACUUCCAUUUCUCAUUUUGAUCUGUCCUAGGAUGUGCUUACUGAUCAUAUAACAGUAACUACAUCACAAAUGGGAGGUGCAAUCUGUGCAAUCUCACAAGUUUUGGAGAAGGAAAUGAAUCAAGGUCAUUCAAGGUUUCUUCUCACUUUGAAUUUUUAUACCUUCAGUAGGGGGUCACACGUCUGACCACCCUAAAAACAAAGUAUGAAUCUCAAGGAGCCAGUUGGACAAACACUGUUUGGUAAAGGAGUGUGGGUGUUUAGCAGCUGUGUGGUCCAAGGAUUUCUGAAUCAACAAGAACAACCUCUAAAUAAAGAUGCUAUUAAUCUGA